GAGUGCGGACAGUAAGUUUCGGUCAUGAAAUGCGAAACUUACGCGGAGAACUUUCGCUUUCGCUUUCCAUCUUCUGCGUGUCGUGACGUAAAGGCGCCUAGAAAGGGCACAGUUUCGAACCGCGGUCGCUUCUCCGCUGGGCUGUGUGCGAGGGAAAGGAAGCGGUUUUUUUUUUUUAUUAUUAUUUAAACAUAUAAGAGUGUGGGUGCUGGCAGUCGCGGUGCAGUGUGUUCUCUCAGUGGUGUUCAAUAACAACAACAAUAUGCAUUGCUGGGGGGAGAUUCCUCUCCCCACUUCCGCUCGGAAUAAGAGCACCGAGGAGCGCAGUCAGCUUGAGCGCAACAUCAGCGCGGUCUCUGCUGGGAGAGAAACCGUGGCGUUUGUCCAGAAAGAUGGAAAAGGCUUUUUUCUUUUUCAAGGAGGCAACAGAGGAGACAAACAGAAACCACGUGCUUUUACCCUGGGGAAGGACAGGAUCCGUAGACUAAGCUGUGGAGAAUCGCAUAUUGUCCUGGUAUCACAGAAGGGUAAGAUAUUUCAGCUGAACUGCCAGGAAUCACCCAGUAUCCCCAGGUCUCUCAAUCUAUGUGACAAAGAGGUGAUCCAGAUUGCCUGUGGAGAUUACCAUUCCAUUGCCCUCACAAAAGUUGGGCAGGUCUUUUGCUGGGGUCAGAACUCCAGUGGUCAGCUGGGCCUGGGAAAGAAAGUCCCCAGCACUUCAAACCCUUCUCUUCUGUGGACCCUGGCAGAGAUCCCACUGGCUCGUGUAGCUGCUGGAGGAGGCCACAGCUUUGCCUUGACUCUCACAGGUGUUGUUUUAGCCUGGGGCAGGAACAGCAAGGGGCAGCUGGGCCUGGGAGACGUGGAAAACGAAUAUUUCCCCAUCGCAGUGAAAUCCCUGCGUCAACAGAAGACUGUUUACAUUUCAUGUGGCGAGGAACACACUGCCAUUCUGACAAAGGGAGGCCUUGUGUUCACUUUCGGAGCGGGACAGUAUGGACAGUUGGGACACAACUCUGUCAGAGAUGAACUGUGGCCACGCCUGGUGGCUGAACUGUGGGGAGCAGAAGUGUCUCAGAUUGCUUGCGGAAGGCACCACACGCUUGCCUACAUUUCAUCAUUGAAAAAAGUCUAUGCAUGCGGGCGUGGAGAACAAGGCCAGCUGGGAAGCGGAAUGACCUGUGAUCAAUAUGUACCCCUUCCUGUUCAGGAGCUGGAAGACUGUUACAGAAGCCAUUGCAUAGAAAGGAUCACUGCUGGGGGGAAUCAGUCCUUUGUGUUUUGCUCAGCUGUCCAGACUUUUAAGGAUAGCUGUAUUUGGACUGAAGACAUAAUCUGUACCUUGGAUGACAAAUUAAUCAGCAAAUGGGUAUCUAAAUGUGAUUCAAAAUCAUGGAAUACAAUUAAAAGAGAAAUAAACACCAUCUUCUCAUCUGCCUCUUGUCUUAAUGGAAGUUUUCUCAAACAAGGACACCAAAGCAUGCCUGACAAAUUAAGUGUUGACCUGUCGUUAGCUCGCCUUUCAUUCGAGAAGCUGGCAAAGGAGGAGAAAGUGAUGAAUAAGGUCGAAUCAGUGGUCAUUGAGAAGCUGGUACCCUCUCUGUUACCACUGGUCGCUGGGACGGAAGGCCAUGGGGUCUAUCUGAUUCUGCCAGAGCUCAUGAGGGUCAUGACCACUCACGAGAAUUGCAGGGACUUGAGUUUUGCCUUUGCCAGCGCAGUCUUGCGCUUGCAUCCGCCGUGCCUUGCUACCCUUGAGGACAUAUGGUCGAAACUACCUGAUACAUUUUUCAAAAGCCUAGUGAAAGUUUUCCACACUGUGUCAACGCGUUAUUUGCACCAGAUCUGCACCAAGAUGUGGACCCAGUGCUCAGAAAACUGGGAUUUGUUCACGAAGACCGUGGAAGUCCUGCAGAAGCUCUAUGAGGUGAAUCUCAGAGCUGGCAGAAAGAUAGACGACAAAAACUUCUACAUUAGCGAGGUCAAGCUCCUCUUCCAGACUUUUAACAAAAUCCAUCCUGAAAGCAUGAUGCUCCUGGUGAAGAACGGACUGAUGUGUGUAUACAGUUUGACAGCGUACCCGUGCAUCUUAGACAUGGAUACCAAAUGUCUGCUGUUUAAAAGUUACAUUUACAUUGUUAUUGAGCAAAAUGCAUAUCACCCCAUCCGACACAAUAACUUGUUUGUGAACCGGUCGUCCCUGUUGACUGACACCAUAAAGCAGCUGCGCGAUGUCCCACGCAACUACAGCUGGCCUCUGCAGGUGAAAUUUGCAGAGGAGUAUGGCAUUGAUUACGGAGGUGUCUCUCAAGAGUUCUUCUCCAUAGCAGCAAAAGAGCUUCACUCGGCAAGACCAACAAUGUUCCAGUUCUUUGAAGACUCCAGACUUGUCUGGUUCAUUUCAAAUGGUUGUGACUUGGACAUGUUCUACCUGCUGGGUGUACUUUAUGGAAUGGCCCUUUAUAACUUCUGCAUCAUGAACCUUCAAUUCCCUGUGGCCCUGUUCAAGAAACUAUUGGGCAUUCCUACAACACUGGAAGACCUGGAGGAACUGUCCCCAGUAGAGGCCUGCGGCUUGAAGGAUCUUCUUGCAGAAGAUGAAGACUUUGUGGAAGAGCUGUAUUUGGACUUUACGGCCAGAGGACAUGAGCUGGUGCCAUGUGGGCGAGAGAUACCUGUCACAAAAUACAACAGGCAACAGUAUGUGGAUGCUUAUGUUCACUAUGUGUUCAACACAUCUGUCCAGAAGGAGUUUGACAAUUUUUCCAAAGGGUUUUCUGCCGGCUGCCCGAACACCAAGUGGAAAAUGUUUCUCCCAGGGGAGCUGAUGGCUUUUCUCACUGGCAACAUCAACUACGAAUGGGAAGAACUGAGAAAGAAUGCCAAAUAUAAAUCUUAUGAACCCACUGAUGAGAAUAUCCAGAACUUCUGGAGCGUUUUUACUGAACUGUCAGAGCAACAAAAGAAGAACUUUCUAUCAUACAUGACAGGAAGCGACCGACUCCCCGUGGGGGGUCUCUCCAGGCUACAUCUGACGAUCGCAAAUGCGAACAAGGCGGAUCCCGACAUCUACUACCCUGUAGCAAGCACCUGCUACAGCAUCCUCUACCUUCCCAAUUACAGCAGCAUUGAUAUCCUGCGAGAGAAGUUUCUGCACGCUAUUAAAUUCUAUGAAGAAUUUGGGGAAGCUUAAAAAAAUAUUUGCACAAAUGAAAAAAAGUGUUUGCACUUUAUUUCUGGACUGAUUCCUGUUAGUUGCAUUAAUAUCAUCUACAGGGACAGUGCAGUAAUGAAUUUAGAGUACAGGAAGCUGUAAGAGUAACAGUUUCCUCUGUAUCAGUCCUGUGCCUGGCAGACUUGAAUUUAUUCAAGUUUUUGCUGUGGUCAAAGACACAGUUCACUAAUUCAAAUAAUUAGUCAUCUUUCAAUGGUAGUUAUUGGUUGAAAAAGAACUGCACCAGGGCUGGAUCCCUGCUCCAUAAAGAAAUUUUUAGUGUUUUGUAACAUCUGUUCCCAGGUCUGUUGAUAACACCACUAAAGACUUUCACUGAAUGUGAUUUGGCUGAGUAAAAAGCAUUUGCAUUGCUUUUGUUAAAAUAAAUGUUAUAUUUUAAAAUUUGUAUUA